AAAAUCCGUUACCUUCAGGAAUACCACAACCGGGUUCUCCACAACAUUUACCCUGUGCCCUCUGGAACUGACAUUGCAAAUACUCUGAAAUACUUUUCUCAGACGUUAUUGAGCAUUUUGUCCCGCACAGGGAAGAAGGAGAAUCAAGAUGCCUCCAAUUUGACAGUGCCCAUGACCAUGUGUCUUUUUCCUGUGCCAUUCCCACUCACCCCAUCUCUAAGACCACAGGUCAGUUCCAUCAACCCUACUGUUACUCGCUCCCUCCUUUACAGCGUCCUGCGAGAUGCUCCAUCUGAACGUGGCCAGCAAAGUCGUGAUGCUCAGUUAUCAGACUACCCAUCUUUGGACUAUCAAGGACUUUACGUGACACUGGUGACACUGCUGGAUCUAGUUCCCUUGCUACAACAUGGUCAACAUGAUCUUGGGCAAUCAAUUUUUUACACUACUACAUGCUUACUUCCUUUUCUCAGUGAUGAUAUUUUGAGUACUUUACCCUAUACAAUGAUUUCAACACUAGCUACCUUUCCUCCAUUUCUGCACAAGGAUAUUAUAGAGUAUCUCAGCACAUCUUUUCUACCUAUGGCUAUAUUGGGAUCCUCAAAAAGAGAAGGUGUUCCAGCACAUGUCAAUCUAUCUGCAUCAUCAAUGCUAAUGAUUGCAAUGCAGUACACGUCAAACCCGGUGUAUCACUGCCAAUUAUUGGAAUGCCUCAUGAAAUAUAAGCAAGAAGUAUGGAAAGAUUUGCUAUAUGUGAUAGCCUAUGGACCAUCUCAAGUUAAACCUCCAGCAGUACAAAUGUUAUUUCACUAUUGGCCCAAUUUAAAACCCCCUGGGGCAAUCAGUGAGUACAGAGGACUGCAGUACACAGCCUGGAAUCCUAUUCAUUGCCAGCACAUUGAAUGCCAUAAUGCGAUUAACAAACCAGCUGUGAAGAUGUGCAUUGACCCAUCCUUGUCUGUGGCUUUGGGUGAUAAGCCACCUCCCCUAUAUCUUUGUGAAGAAUGCAGCCAGAGAAUUGCAGGGGAUCACAGUGAAUGGUUGAUUGAUGUUCUUCUACCACAAGCUGAAAUUUCUGCUAUAUGUCAGAAGAAGAACUGUAGUUCACAUGUCAGAAGAGCUGUUGUCACAUGCUUCUCAGCGGGCUGCUGUGGCCGCCAUGGCAACAGGCCAGUGCGAUAUUGCAAAAGAUGCCAUUCAAAUCAUCACAGCAGUGAGGUUGGGGCAGCUGCAGAAACCCAUCUUUAUCAGACCUCACCACCCCCUAUCAAUACCCGGGAGUGUGGGGCAGAGGAACUUGUGUGUACUGUGGAAGCUGUGAUCAGCUUGCUGAAGGAAGCAGAGUUUCAUGCUGAGCAGAGGGAGUAUGAACUCAAUCGCAGGAGGCAGAUGGGCCUCUCCUCUUCCCAUCACUCCCUGGACAACACAGACUUUGAUAAUAAAGAUGAUGACAAGCAUGACCAACGCCUCCUGAGCCAGUUUGGAAUCUGGUUCUUGGUGAGCCUUUGCACUCCCAGUGAGAAUACACCCACGGAGAGUUUAGCAAGGCUGGUUAGCAUGGUAUUCCAGUGGUUUCACUCUACAGCUUACAUGAUGGACGAUGAAGUUGGUAGCCUGGUUGAAAAGCUCAAACCCCAGUUUGUUACUAAAUGGUUGAAGACUGUUUGUGAUGUCCGAUUUGAUGUCAUGGUUAUGUGCCUCCUUCCUAAACCAAUGGAGUUUGCCAGGGUUGGUGGAUACUGGGACAAAUCGUGUAGUGCUGUGACCCAGUUAAAAGAAGGGCUGAAUCGAAUCCUUUGCUUGAUUCCAUACAAUGUGAUAAACCAGUCGGUGUGGGAAUGUAUCAUGCCAGAGUGGUUGGAAGCUAUAAGGACGGAAGUGCCUGAUAAUCAACUGAAAGAGUUCCGGGAAGUGUUGAGCAAAAUGUUUGACAUUGAACUUUGUCCUCUCCCUUUCUCCAUGGAGGAGAUGUUUGGCUUCAUUAGCUGUCGAUUCACAGGGUAUCCAUCCUCUGUGCAAGAGCAAGCAUUGCUUUGGCUGCAUGUGUUAUCUGAACUAGACAUUGUUGUUCCUCUUCAGUUACUAAUCAGCAUGUUUUCUGAUGGAGUUAAUUCUGUAAAAGAGUUAGCAAAUCAAAGAAAAUCGAGAGUCAGUGAACUGGCAGGAAACCUUGCAGCUCGGAGGGUAAGCGUUGCUUCUGACCCUGGGCGCAGAGUUCAGCACAACAUGCUGAGUCCUUUCCCAAGCCCCUUCCAGAGCCCAUUUCGGAGUCCAAUUGGUAGUCCUUUUCACAGCCCUUUCAAGAACUUUGGACACCCCAGUGGAAAGACAAUUGAUUUUGACUGUGAAGAUGAUGAAAUGAAUCUUAAUUGCUUCAUUCUGAUGUUUGAUCUCAUCUUGAAGCAGAUGGAACUCCAGGAUGAUGGUGUCACUUUGGGCUUAGAGAACAGCAUUUCAAAAGAUAUAAUAUCCAUCAUAAACAAUGUGUUCCAGGCACCCUGGGGUGGUUCUCACACCUGUCAGAAAGAUGAAAAAGCAGUUGAAUGUGGUCUGUGUCAGUCCAGCAUUCUGUGUUACCAGCUGGGUUUUGAGCUGCUGGAACAGCUUGCUCCAAAAGAAGAAAUCAGGCUUGUGGAGCCCACAGAUAACCUCGAGGAUAGUCUUCUGUAUACUAGACCUGAGUUUAUUAUAGGAACUGAAGGAGAAGAGGAAGACAAGUUGGCACCAAAACAUGGAGAAAACCCAGGAAAUCACACAGAGACCACAGAAAAUGCUGCGAUAAAGAAUGACCCAGAAAGAAAAUUUUGUUAUCAGCAACUUCCAGUUACCUUGAAGCUCAUAUACACUAUAUUGCAGGAAAUGUCAAGGUUUGAAGAACCAGACAUUCUUUUUAACAUGCUGAACUGUCUGAAGAUCCUGUGUCUUCAUGGGGAAUGCCUAUAUAUAGCAAGAAAGGACCAUCCACAAUUUCUUGCCUAUAUUCAAGAUCACAUGCUAAUUGCAAGCUUAUGGGGAGUUGUGAAGUCUGAGUUCUCUCAGCUUUCUUCCCUGGCAGUCCCACUUCUUCUUCAUGCACUUUCGCUUCCCCAUGGAGCUGACAUUUUCUGGACAAUCAUAAACAGCAAUUUCAACAGCAAAGAUUGGAAGAUGAGAUUUGAAGCAGUGGAGAAGGUGGCUGUGUUGUGCAGAUUUUUGGAUAUUCACUCUGUGACAAAAAAUCACCUGCUGAAGUACUCUUUGGCUCAUGCAUUCUGCUGUUUCCUGACUGCUGUGGAAGAUGUCAACCCAGCAGUAGCUACAAGAGCUGGGCUAUUACUUGACACCAUAAAGAGGCCAGCUUUACAGGGUCUCUGCCUCUGCCUUGAUUUCCAGUUUGACACAGUUGUCAAGGACAGGCCCACAAUUCUUAGUAAGCUUUUGCUACUUCAUUUUCUAAAAGCGGAUAUUCCAGCUUUGAGCUGGGAGUUCUUUGUGAAUCGCUUUGAGACCCUGUCUCUGGAAGCACAGCUUCAUCUGGACUGCAACAAAGAAUUCCCUUUCCCAACAACUAUCACUGCUGUCCGGACAAAUGUCGCCAACCUCAGUGAUGCAGCAAUGUGGAAGAUCAAGAGGGCUCGUUUCGCACGUAAUCGUCAGAAGAGUGUGCGUUCCCUGAGGGACAGUGUGAAGGGACCAGUGGAGUCAAAGAGAGCGCUCUCCCUUCCAGAAACCUUAACCACCAAAAUUCCUGUGAGCUUGACCAGACAUGAGCAGUCGGCUCCAGCACUUGGAGGAACACCAGAGCAAACACCAGGACAACCCUCCCCAGAGAAUGAUAAUACGAUAAAAGACCUGCUGCCAGAGGAUGCUGGGAUUGAUCACCAGACUGUCCACCAGCUCAUUACUGUGCUAAUGAAGUUCAUGGCAAAGGAUGAGAGCAGCGCUGAGUCGGACAUCAGCAGUGCUAAAGCUUUCAACACAGUCAAGCGCCAUCUGUACGUCCUGCUUGGUUAUGAUCAGCAGGAAGGAUGCUUCAUGAUUGCACCACAAAAAAUGCGUGUUUCAACCUGCUUUAAUGCCUUUAUUGCUGGAAUAGCACAAGUGAUGGACUAUAACAUCAACCUAGGAAAACACCUUCUUCCCUUGGUGGUGCAGGUAUUGAAAUACUGCACUUGUCCUCAGCUGAGGCAUUACUUUCAGCAGCCUCCUCGCUGCUCCCUCUGGUCCCUCAAACCUCACAUUCGGCAGAUGUGGUUAAAGGCUUUGCUGGUCAUUCUCUAUAAGGUAGAUCUUGCCAGUUUGUACAUCAAGACUGGUGCCAAGAACAUGCCCACACUGUUUUUGCUGACAGAUGCCCAGGUUCCAGAUGAACGCUUUCUUGUGCUGAUUAAUGACUUCUUGGCAUCAGUUGAUUAG